CCCUGAGAGGCUCCUGCUGCAUCUCCCCUCCCCUCCCCUCUCCCCCUCCCUCUGGCUCGCAGGGCAAGGAGGCUCGCGCAUCGCGGGCGGCGGCGGCGGCGGCAGGAGGGUGCUGAGGACCAGCUCGCUCCCAGUCCCUGCCCGGCCUCCUCCUCAGCCCCACCAGCCGACAAAGGCUUUGGAGCGGGCGCAGCUCCGCCGGUGCCUGCUGCCUCCGCCUGAGAGAUGCGCUGCCUCCGCUCCCUCCUCUCGCCGCCUCUGCCCGUCAGGAGGCGCCGCUGCCUGGCAGAGGAGGAGGAGGAGGAGGAGGAGGGCUGAUACCGCCCUCUCUGGGAAGCAGCGGGAUCUCGCAGGAGCCGGCGAGGAGGAGGAGGAGGAGACGCAGGUACGGACCGACGGACGGAGGAGGAGGAGGAGGAGGAGGGCUGAGCAGCAGCAGCAGCAGCAGCAGCAGGAGCCUGCCGCCUGGACUCGCUCUCCCCAUCGCCGCCGCCGCCGCCGCCACCCGGAGGGCAGCCGAGGAGCCUCCGGGGCCCAGGCCGGGCUCUGCUCUCCAAGGACAGGCGCCAGGGAGGAGGCGAAGCGAGGCUGCCUCUCCAGUGCUACCCGCUGUGCCUGAUGCUGACCAUCUGGGUUGGCAGCUGGGAUUUGCCACCUCCACGCCUUCACCUGCCAGCCCCUCACCAGCAAUGACCUUGUGGAACUGGAUUUCUGCCCCGCGGUGCCCCCUUCCCCCUUGUGCCACCGACCCUGCUCCUUGCACUGCCCACGUGCCUGCACCAUGACAGGGGCCCGGCAGCUGGUUUCCUGCAGAGGAGGGCUGCACGGCAGGCGGUGGGGCUCCGGCUGAGGGAUGGCCUCUCUGGACCUGCCUUACCGCUGUCCGCGUUGCGGGGAACACAAGCGUUUCCGGAGCCUGUCGUCUCUGCGGGCCCACCUGGAGUACAACCACACCUACGAGACCCUCUAUGUCCUCUCCAAGACCAACAGCAUCUGCGAUGCCACCAUCUUCCCUCUGGCACCAGAGGCGGCCACCCUGCUGACCCCAGCCCCCCGCCGGGACAUCUUCGAGAGCACUUCCUUCCAGGGCAAGGAGCAGCGCUUCACCUGUGACCUCAUUGCCACCGACGAGCUGGAGCCGCUGUCUUCUCCCGUCUCGUCCCGCUACGUGCACGAGAUCGAAAUCCCGCUGACCGAGAUCUUCACCCGCAAGGCCAUGACUUCGGCCACCACCCCUCCUGCUGCCGCUGCAGCCGCCACCGUGGCAGCUGUGGACGCAGCGUACGAGGAAGGCCUGACCCGCCUCAAGAUACGGGCUUUUGAGAAGCUGGAAGUGGACAAGCGCCUGGAGAAGCUGACCGAAGAGGUGGAGCAGAAGAUCGCCUCCCAAGUAGGCCGGCUGCAAGUGGAGUUAGACCGCAAGAGCACCGAGCUGGAGAAAGCCAAGCAAGAAAGUAUCAGGCUGAGUCGGGAGAAGAAAGAGCUGGAAGACCGGGCGGUGGAGCUCUCUCGCCAGGUGGAUGUCAGCGUGGAGAUGCUGGCUUCCCUCAAACAAGACCUUGUGCAGAAGGAGCAGGAGCUGACGCGGAAGCAACAGGAGGUGGUUCAGAUCGACCAGUUCUUGAAGGAGACUGCAGCCCGUGAAGCCAAUGCCAAGGUGCGUCUCCAGCAGUUCAUCGAGGAGCUUCUGGACCGGGCCGACCGAGCCGAGAAACAGCUCCAGAUCAUCAGCAGCAGCUGCGAGACGACCCCCAAUUGCAGCCUGGGGAGGUGUAGCGUGCCUGCAUCCAAGAGCACUGGCAGACCGAGGGACAGGCAUUCGGUCCCAGGAGCAACCGCCCACGGUUCCUAUGCCGUUUCCAACCAGAGGUCAUCUUCCAGCACUGGAGCCUCCAGCCGUGCCAAAGCCGCCUCCCAAAGCUCUGGCUGCUAUGACAGCGACAGCCCGGAACUGUACCAUGGGGAGGAGAAUGCCGACGGAGCCCACUACCCCAGUGGCCCGAACCGGGGCUCCGACGGUGGCUUCGACAGGCGCGGCGCAGGACUGCGCAGGCAGGCGAUCCAGAACUGGCAACGCCGGCCGUAUCGCAACAGCACCGAGGGGGAGGAAGGAGACAUCUCUGACGUGGGCUCCAGGACGACCGAGUCGGAGGCCGAGGUGUGGGAGCUGGAGUCCGGGGUCCGGCCGGAGGUCCAGCAGGUGAACUUCUCCCGGCCCGGGAACAGCUCCAGGCUGCCAGGCCGGUCUGACGGAGGGAAGGGGGUCAGGCCAGAGCGGGGAAGCCCAGCCCGCUCCAAUGAGGUCAUCAGCCCCGAGAUCCUCAAGAUGCGAGCCGCUCUCUUUUGCAUCUUCACAUACCUCGACACCAAGACCCUGCUGAGAGCUGCAGAGGUGUGCAAGGACUGGAAAUUUGUGGCCCGCCACCCGGCGGUGUGGACCCGGGUGAUGCUGGAGAACGCCAGGGUGUCCUCCAAGUUUCUGGUGAUGCUGUCACAGUGGUGCACCCAGACCCACUCGCUCACCCUCCAGAAUCUCAAGCCCCGACAGAGGGGGAAGAAAGAGACCAAGGAGGACUAUAUGAAAAGCACACGAGGCUGUCUGGAAGCUGGCCUAGAGUCCUUGUUGAAGGCCACCGGGAGCAACCUCUUGAUCCUCCGGAUUUCUCACUGCCCCAACAUCUUGACGGAUCGUUCCCUCUGGCUGGCCAGCUGCUACUGCCGGGCGCUUCAAGCCGUCACCUACCGGAGUUCUACUGACCCUGUGGGCCAUGAAGUCAUCUGGGCGUUAGGAGCAGGCUGCCGAGACAUCAUCUCCCUACAGGUGGCGCCUUUGCACCCUUGCCAGCAACCAACGCGCUUCAGCAAUCGUUGCCUGCAGAUGAUUGGCCGGUGUUGGCCGCAUUUAAGAGCGCUGGGCGUCGGUGGGGCAGGCUGCGGUGUGCAAGGGCUGGCUUCCUUAGCCCGGAACUGUAUGCGCCUGCAAGUCCUGGAGCUGGACCAUGUGAUGGAGGUGAACCAGGAGGUGGCAGCCGAGGUGUGCCGGGAAGGCCUGAAGGGCUUGGAGAUGCUGGUCCUGACAUCCACCCCCGUCACCCCCAAAGCUCUGCUGCAUUUCAACAGUGUCUGCCGGAACCUCAAGUCCAUCGUGGUCCAAGUCGGGAUUGCCGACUACUUCAAGGAACCCAACAGUUCCGAGGCCAGGAAAAUGUUUGAGGAAAUGGUUAACAAACUCCAGGCCCUGAAGAAGAGGCCGGGCUUUUCAAAGAUUUUACACAUUAAGGUGGAAGCAGGCUGUUAACCCCUGUAAGAAGCCAGUCGCGGCUGACGCCUUCUGCCCGCCUGUUGCUAAGACAUCCUGGGACCACCACCACCAGCCUGCCCACCUCUGUUCCGAACCGGCGCCUUAGCAAGCAACCGGCCAAGCGCACAACUUUUUGAGCAGGCCCUUCAAGACCGGAAGCGACGUGCUCCUUUUCCGUCCAGGAAGGUAGGAUGUAUUGUUGGGAUGAUGGUGCUACGAAAACAAACAAAAGGAAUUUCUCAAGACUGCCAGAGAGGCUGUGGCUUGACCUCUCCCUUGGUUCCUCCCUCCCUCUCUUCUUGCGGAGACGGCGGUACAACCUUCUGCUCACAAUGGCUGGAUCUUUGUUUGCAGAGCCAUCCUUCACCAGUGAAACCCUUUUUCUCCAGAAGUUCCAUACUGUAUUGGCCAAGGGGGAUGACAUCAACAAGACCCUUUGGCCUCCCUGGCUUUUAACUUGCUCACUAGCGUGACAGAUUGUUCCUUCCAUCCAGGAGAGGUAUACCGUGCUCAGUAAGCUCAGAGUUCCUGUCUAGGGUCUUUUUUUCAUGACUGAAAUUAAUCUUGGUUUUUGUGGGUGGUGUUUUUUGGGGUUUUUUUCCUUUUGGUUGUUGUUUUUUAAGGAAGGGCAAGUUUGGAUGUUGCUGUGGGGAGCAGAAAUCCAGCAUUCCUGUUUAUUUUUUAUUUUUUUUAUUUUUUUAAGGAAAGGGCAAAGCGAAACAAGGGAAAUGCCGUGUGCCUCAGCAGCCCUGCCUUGUGGAGCUAUCUCUUUGGCAGCUUGGAGGCUGCUGAAGGAGCCAGUGUUCCCAGCUCCCUGGGGAAUGGGCUUAGCCAGUUCUCCUUGGGCAUGAGGAAGCUACGUUCCAUUUCCCGCGCAGGCCAUGAAGCAGUUUGUCAGCAACUUGUGACACUGUAAGACUGCUCUCAUUUUGCCACCUUGGCUGUUCCCCGGAGCAAAGGUUCUUCUUCUGGAAGGUGGCUUCAGCAAGUCAUAAAUCACGGUGCACAGAGAGCACGCAAGGGACACUCCUGCAGGGAAUGAAAGCUUCUGCUAUUAAUCAUCCCUACCAAGCCGACUUGCUUGCCAAAAAGUGGGGAGGGGGAAUUUGGCCAACGGUCUUCUCCAAGGAUUUAUACUUCUACAUGUGCCAUCCAGACAAAUCCCCAGUGUUAACCAGUCCCCAUAUUCACCAGUUUCCACAAACCUUUAGGGGGCAUGCUGUGAUCAGAAAUGUGCAACUCAACUGGCCAUGUCCAAUUUUCCAUCAAAAUGGCUCUUGGAAGGAGAAGAGGUUUGCUUCAGUUUGAUUUCCUGAGGAGGAGGGGCCUGGAACUCCAGGACUGGCUUUUAAAUCAGAGGAGAGAAAGAUGGAGGUUGCCCAGAGCGUACAUUGCGGGGAUGCUCUAACAACCUCCAGUUAGAAAAGACUGACUCCAAAGGGUGGAUGUUCCUGGUUUAGGAGCUCAUGACUGAAGCUUUAGUCCAAAUUUGCAAAAUUUCUUUCUUAGAUGACAUUGCCACUGAAACUCCUGAGGAAAUCAAGAAACUUGGAGGAAGUGUUUUCCAGCCUAGAGUUUCUAUCAUGUUUUUUAAACAGCUGCAACUCAAUAUGGACAACUUGUGCAUCCAGGCCAGGAGGCAAAUUUAUUUGUUGAAUUUCUGUCUAUUGUAGAGCUGACAAAGGCACAGGAAUCUUGGCAGAAAAUGAGGUGACAACAAUCUCAGAACCACCACUUAAGAAACAGCUGUUGGAAUCCUGGUUCAUUAGCCAGAAAGAGUAAGGACAGGCAGAUGGUUCCCCAAAUUGUAGGCAUUUUUUCACCUUCUAUUGUGAGGGCAGGUCAAAUUAAAAAAAAUCAGUUAUUUCCUUUUCAAAAAAGCAGAAUUUUCUGUGCACUGUGGAAAGGAAGGAAGGAAGGAAGGAAGGAUCAAAAUCCUACACCAAAAUUUUUCAAAAAUUUUGGGACAAGAAUAAAUUAUGCAAGUUAAACUUAACAAUUGCAUACUGUAUAGACACAUACCCAGUUCAAGCAUAUCCACACCACAGAUAGACCUAAAAUACUGUACCAGUCAUUCCCUCUCCCCCGGAAAUUCUGGGGAUGUAGUUCUUUGAGGAGGCCUUGGGAUUUCUAAUGGAAUGCUCAGUACCCUCACCAAACUACAAUUCCCAAGAUUCUUUGGGGGAAAUUGUUUGUAGUGCAGAUGUGCCCUUCAGAGGGGCCAAAAGGACUGAGGGGUGUGUCUUCAAAUGUUUAUGAAGGAUCUUGGAAAGAAGAAGACCCAUUGCUUACUCUAUUCCCCUAAGCGCAGCACAGGAAGCAGCAAAUAUAAAUAAUGGCUUAGUUCACCCUAGACUGGACAGUAUCAUUUCAGAAGGUGGAGGGAUGGGCUUUUCUGGCUGAAUGCUUCUUUGUGCAAACAUAAACUAGCAUGUUGGGGAGAAAACUAGGGAAAUGACUUUGCCACUGAAUUUUUAAUAUGUAGAGGGUUUUCUCUGUGUGUUUUUGGAGGAACAUGUAAUCAAGUGAACCAGCCUCCCAUGCAUCCUGAAAUGGUACAGUCCAGACACGGGCUUGCCCCAUCCUCGGCUGCUUUAUAAGAACUAGACUGAUAGGAGAGUGGAUCUAGGCAAAAUGUUGAGGGGAAAUAUAGUAAUCUUGGGUCCACCAAUACAAAACAAAAGAAUGAGGUCUGGCAUGGAACACAACUUUAUUGGCUGCAGGUCUGAACAGCAAUGAGAAGGCCAGGGGUUCUCAAACUUGGGUCCCUAGAUGUUGUUCGGCUGCAAUUCCCAUCAACCUCAGCCACAAUGGACUUUGUACAAUUUGUUGUGGCUGGGGAUGAUGGGAGUUGUAGUUCAACAACAGCUGGAGAGCCUAGGUUGCCUAUCCCUCUCUUCGAGUUUGGGUUUUGGACACUCCCAAGGAGCCAUUUCAGAAUCUGGCAGGCCAACUUCAUGCAUCAUUGAGGGAUAGACCAUUUCUAUCAUCUACUUCUUGCAUCUGAUGAAACAGAUGCUGGCCCAUGACAGCUGAUGCCACAAUCAGUUUGUUAGUCUUUAAGGUGCCCCAAGACUCUUCGAUGGUUUAGGACUUGCACACACACACAUACCCCAAACCAUACAUUUUUGCAAAUGUGUGUAUAAUAAUCAUCAUCCUUUAGAGCAGGGGUUCCCAACAUUGGCUCCCCAGAUAUUGUUGAACUACAACUCCCAUCAUCCCUGGCCAAAGGCCAUUGUGGCUGGUGAUGAUUGGAGAUUUAGUCCAGAAAUAUUUGAGUACCUUAGGUUGUGGGCCCUUGCUUUAGAGAUUCAACAUGUUUCACAUACUUGCCUUGCUGUAAGUAAGUCUUACUAGCCCCAUCUUGCAGAGAGGGGGCUGAGGCAAAGGGUCUGUAGUUGCCUAAGACCACCCAAUGAAUACAUUGGGGUGAGGUAAGAUUUCAUCCAGGAAGGUCUUGAUUCGUAACUCCUGCUCAAGGCCACCAUGUUGCACCAGCAUAGAGGUACAUUUGUGAGAGAGGCAUACUUGGCUUCCUCGCAAAGCAUCUAUAUUGCCGCAACUUAAUUUUGGCAUCAUGUGACAUUGCCCUAGAACGAUUCAUCAGCUGAGGCAAAAAGAAGUCUGUCAUGGUUUAGAUGACUACAGUGAUCAAAAACAGCAGAUUCAAGAGGGUAAUUAGAAUCCUGAACCAGUUUUUAGUGAGGAGGUUAAAAGUAGACUUGGAAAAGAAUAUUCUCCUGCAUUAUUUAUAACAGAAGAGAAUAUUUCAGAGAAUUGUUCUACCCAUUCUUUUAAAUGCAUUGGAGACUAUUUCUUUACAAGUCUAAGUCCGUUUCUGCUAACAUCAAGGUUUGCCUCCUUUGAUAGCCAAGUUAAUGCAUUAUUUAACAUAUUUUUGUGACUCUCCUGAAAGACUUGCACAACCUUCUGCAUUAUGAUUUUGUUUCUCUUGGGGAACGAAGACCGCACCUUCUGAAGUAUAUGGAAAAAUACCCAGAAAGGAGGCCACAAGGCCCCAGAAUGCCAUAUUCUUUCUGCAGUUCACGGGGCCCUGCAUGCUGGGAAAUGCAGCCUUCCAGGAGCGCAUUAUCCCCAUGUUAGUGACAAAGGUGGCCAUUUUGUCAAACUUUGUUUUUUUAUUGCUGCCCUAGAAAUGGCAGUGAAGCAACACAAGGAGGAAGUGAGCAAAAAGUUUAACAUGGCUUCAUGGUCAAAGAAUCAAAGAAUGCCACGAUAUAGCAAAAAAUAAAAUAAAAAUCGAACAAUAAGGGAGGGAACCAAAAAAAAAAAAGCAACAAAGAUGGGAGAGAAAGAGAACACCCAAAACCGCCUAAAUGCCACAUUUUGAUACUUUUUAACACACCAUUUUCUGGCGGCAAUGAUGAGUCGAGCUGAACUGUUGCUUUUGACACAGCACAGAAACUUGAACAAACUUACCUUAAAUGCAAGAAAAUCAGUAUUUAUUUCUAUAAAGAAUUAAAAAUAAAAACAAGAAGAAAGAUUUUAAAGCAAAGUUAUUUACUCAGCAUGUGUCUAUAUGCUCUGUUCUUAGUGAGAGAUUGUUUUAUCUGAGAGUUGGAGUUUUUGUUUCCUUGUCCAUCCAGAAAUGGCAGAAGAGCUUUGAUCACUCGGUGGCUUGCUGAUAGUACCGUUUCAUUUCUUUCCUCUUGCCCUCCUUUCCUUCUCAAAAGAUGGCGCCAGAGGGGAUGUCUGUCCAUCUGACACAAGGAGAACUGAGGCAGCUUAGGAAUAAUGUUAAUGUUAGGGGACGUUUUGCCUUUGUUGUUUGCUCUUCCGCAAGUAAGUCCACCAUAGGUCCCUGGGAAUGAAAAUCCAAGGUUUGGGGCCCCUGAUUAAUCCAGGGACGUGCCCUCAGGAGGACUAUGAAUCUAGCUGGAUGCCACACAAUUCUUUCUUUGUAGAGGGCUGCUGCAACAGUAUCCACAGGUGCUGGGUCCUCCAAGCAACAGAGUUCAAUCGGACAGAGUGGCUAUUAAGAACAGCUGCCCUCCGGAGGUAUCUGCCUGCUUGAGAGCUGCUUCCCUCAUAAACACAAAGUAAUCUUAUGCAGGUUUAACGAAGAGUUUAUUCAGAAGCAACUGCAUUUUCUCCUUCUCCUUCUCCCUCCCUUUUCCUUUCUAAAUCCACCCCCCACCCCUCUGGGACAAACUUCUCAACAACAAAACAUUACCAGAUAGACUACUACAACACUGUCCCAUGGUUGCUGUACCGGACUAGUUUCACAUGCCAAGGGAUGCCGGAAACUGCAGUGCAGCCGCCGCCACGUACAACAAAUCAUACCAAUGGGAAGCCACAAUUCUGUGUUGCUGAUUUGUGCUGCCAUAGUAUGCCCAGAGGGGAGAACAGUUGUUGUCGUUGUUUUUAAGGGGUCCUGUGUGCGCCGGAAUAGAGACCAAAGUGUCUUUUAAGAGAUAUCUCACCCCUUAGGUUUGGAGGGUGGAAAGGGUGAGGAGAGUGGGGAGGAGAACAAAAUGUUUAUUUAUGCCUUUAUUUAUGUAUGUAUGUAUGUAUCUAUUUAUUUAUUGGUGGGAUGACUUAGCCAUUUAUUUAUUUUUUGAAAUGAAAUUGCGGGAGUCUGCAGCAUUUACUGCUUGUGAACCGUAGUUGGAGUGGAGCUGUGCAGGUGCGUGGCUUUUCUCUCCCUCUUUUGAUUAUCCUGAUGCAUCUGUCUGACUGGUUUGUGGCCUUCCCCUGCUCCUCCCUCGACUCUGCUGUGAGGGCAGGGAAGAGGGGUUCGUAAAUGGAUGCUGCUGUGGUGAUGAUCCCUGGGACUCCUACCCAUGUCUGUGCCAUCUUCCCUGCAGCCUGCACUGGGGCCAGCAGGGAAACCUUUCACAUAUAUAUAUUUUCUUUCUUAAAGUAUAUAUUUUAUUAAGUGGUGAUCCAAACGAUUGCCAGCAACGGGACAGCUGGGACAUGAACCUGCCAAAGUUCAGCACAUUUUAACUCCCCAUUGAUUUUGAUGGGAAAUCCAUGAGCGCGUGCUGAACUCUCUCCCAGUGAAAGCAAUUGGGGGUUCUUAAAGUGCUUUACUUUGACUGGCUUGUGCUCCUGAUCUUUUGGGUGUAGUAGCAUAUGUGUAAACCAAAAAUCAAUUGUGUUCUUAUUUUUUGAAAGAGGUCUACUCUCUGCAGUGCUUUGAAAGAGAAGAGUGUUUUAAAUGUGAUCAUCUGUAUUACUGGCUUCCAUCAGGUUGUUCCAAAGUCCUCGAGGGGAUGGGAACAUGAAUCGCUUUUUCACUAUUUAAGAUGGAGCAAACGAGUGAAUGGUGUUGUAAAUGGUAUGGGCUGGUUCAGCUAUCAGUGUUCAGCCUGUUUCUUUCUCAUCCUUCAGUGACCUGCAAAUGAAUUUGUGAAAACAAAGUCCGCUAAGGAACAGGAUGUGUGGGGUGACCGGGGGUGGGGGGCUCACUCUGUGGGGAUAAAUCUGGAAUGGCACAUUUAUACACAUGAUGUUCUCAUUGCACGAUUAAGUGUGCAAGUGCAAAGGAGGGCUGAGCUGAACCUGGGGAGAGAUCGGAUUUUGUAAAACAAUUCCAUCCAGAUGGGGCUGCUCCUUUCAAGUGGCAACUCCUGUUUUCAAGGAAACCAUCUGCAUUGUGUGCCUCUCCCACUGCAAGUGUUUUGCCAAGCAAGGCUGGCGAGGCGAGGCGAGGGGGGGGAGGAACUGUGCCGCUCUUUGCAGUGUAGAUUGGCUGCUUUAAAGUGGCAGCAGCAUGGUCCAUGUUGUUGUUUUUAAGAGAGGGGGAUAGAUCACAGUUUCACAGCAAAAUGUGAUCGUCCCCACCCCACCCUGGAGGGAGCAGUGCUCAUGCUGAGCAAACUUUGUGUGUGCGCACAUGCACACACCCCCUUGAACUGGCACCGUUUGCUGCAGAAAACAAACCCCAUGAAAAUUCAGCACAGCUUUAGUGUGAACCGCCCCCCAGGGCCAAGCUGGGGGUCGGGGGUGGGGUUGUGUGGCUGUUUCUUUCUUUCUCAAAAAGCUGCCCUAGAUGCACUGAUUUGGAAUGAGGGGCUUUAACUCCUUCUAGCUGCAUUGGGGGGGGGGGGGCGGGGUGCACAGCUCAGUAGUAGAGCAUCUGCUUUGCAUGCAGAAGGUCCCAGGCAGGUUCAGUCCCAGGCAGGCAGCAUCUCCAGGCAGGGCUUGGGAAGACUCCUGAAUUGGGGAUGAGGCCGUAGCCCAUCGGUAGAGCAUCUGUUUUGCAUGCAGCAGGUCCUCGGUUCAAACCCUGGCAGCAUCUCCAGGUGGGGCUGAGAAAAACUCCUCUGUAGAGCCACAGAGCAGACCAUACUGAACUAGACAGGCCAAGGGUCUACUCAGGGUAAGGCAGCUCCUUAUGUUUCCAAUAGCCCUUGGUCUGACCCAACAAGGCUCUUCUUCUGUUCUAAAAGACCUGGCAUCAGGAUUCGGCCACGUGAGGGGCUUGCCAGGGGCCCGAGGCCACCAGCCCCUGAGAUUCUGCCCUGUGCCCAUCUUCCAGUCAUGGUGGCAAAACCUCGGAGUUUUCUCCUGGAACUCUCCCCACCACCUGCAAAUUGGAGCUCCCCCCAGAGGCCCCUGUGCCAUCACUGGGUCCUCUGUGCCAUUGUGGGGGCCACUGGGGGGACAUUCCCAUUUGCAGGUGGGGGGGGCAGAUGGUAAUGGUGCCACUCUCUCCACUGACCCGCUCACAAAGAGAACCCCAUCACCCCAUGGAAGAGGGGCCCCACAGACCUGGAGCUGGCCCUAUGGUGUUCUCUGCUCCCUGGAUACUGUGUGGGAACCAGGCUGAUCCCCACCCAUCUUCAUGGCAGGGAAAGCAGGUGCAGGGGAGAAAGUUGCUAAGCCAACGGAGGUGGUAGAAACUAGGCCUAGGACAAGAUCCGAGGCAGUGGGCUGCCACUGACCGCCUUUGCAGUUGCGCCAAUCCAACGCCCUGCUGGUCGCGGUCAGAUGAUGUCACCACACCAGCACACUGCCCCAUGCCACUGCUGGGAUGGGACCACUCUGCACUGGCUUGGCAACACAGUCAAUACUGGGCGAGGGGCAAAUAGCGAGUGCAGGGGGUGGGAGGGGCUGGCAGCCUGCCUCCAGAGACUUGUGGCCCAGAACUUUUCUCCCCCGCCCCAGGUCCAUGGUGGCUCUGCCACUGGACAGCAACCACAUGGCAGCCCACUGCACAAAAUCCCAUGCAAAGAGGAGCCCUUUCACAUUGCCGCUUCUCUCUUCUGUGGAUCAGGGUUCCUUGUGUCCCCACAACUCCCGCCAUCCCCAGCGACAGUGGCCCAAUAGGGUGGAGGUUUCAAACUUCGGGUGCCCAGAUGCUGCUGAAAUAGAGCGCCUACCCUCCACAGCCAUCCACAUGAUGGGGGUUGUAGUCUAACAACAGCUGAGGACCCAAGUCUGAGAACCCCUGGAUAAAGCAGUACAGGCCCCUCCUCUUUGGGGAACGGAGGACUGUUUCCCUUCCCAGCCACAUCACUGCACCCUUCCCUUUUGGUGCAGGAGAAGCGUCCCCUAAAACACAGCCUGGUUCUCCAGAGCCAAACUAACCCAUACAGCGGUGAUGCUGUUGCCAAGGAUUUCUUCCGUAGAUAUUAAAUCGCAGCAGCAGCAAAGAUCAUUGGGUAGGUGCCUUGCCAAAUCUUCGGCAGACUUGCAGAUUCCUCUUCUUCUUUAAAAACGAAGUGCUUGUUGACGCCAUCUGAUAAUACCCAGCCGAACCGAGGGAUGAAGAGAGUUUCUCCCCGAGCCGCCGUUUCAGAUUAGAGGUUGGCAACAAAGCUUGCUGACAUCUUGGAUAAAACACGUCGUCUCUGGGCUUACAAAGCGAACACAUUGGACAAAUGUGUGUAACUGUCCUUAUCUUGCCAGGGUUACUGUUUUGCACAAUUCAUUCUGAUUUUAUUGAAGAGCUAUUGCUAGUCAUGGGAAGUGCAAAGAGCUGUGCAGGGUAAUGCCCAUGUGGGAAAUCUUGUUCAUCCCCCCGGGUUCUGGCUUCUGAGAUGUCACUGGGUGCUAUCCUGACAGUUUCAAGAAUAGCUUAAUAUCCAAAAGGAAUAGGAAUUUGCUUUUUUAAUUUUUAAAAAAACUAGAGCUGAGAUUUUAGGAAGCUGCAUCCUGGGCUCCAAUCUGAGUCUUUCCUUUGGUUCUACAAAAUACGAGACCCUGUUCCCUAAUGGCCACUUGGUGGUCUGUAGCCUUCCCAGAUGCUCCAACCUCCAGAAGCCUCCAGCUAGACCUCUCCAGCCAAUCCCUUCAACCCCCUGACCUUUGCAUCUUCCCUACCUGUUGCCAAAGCCUGUACACCUGUCUGUGCUGCCUACAGUGGCAGCCAGUGUCUUAGUCCGAAGCACUCAGUGUUGACAGGAUCAGGUCCCAGUGGCUGGCCAGACUGAAGGAGGCCAGAGGCAGAGUCUAAAGCCUGGAGCUGCAAUUAAUCUGAACAGAACUGGAAGGCUUUUCUUCCUGCUCUCCAAAAUGAUGUUUGCCUACAUAUGAUCACACCGAUUACAUAUACUGAGAAGCUGAGCCACUAGGUAUCCGAGUCAUCUUGACAUUGAAUCCUGUCCUCUACAGCGUUUGCAGUUUCUUCGAGUUGUGCACCAACUGCAAACUUGAUAAGCUCCUUUUUUUGCUGGUUGCUAAAAAUGUUGAGCAACACUGUACCCAGGAGGACUGCCCCAACUAUAGAAAUCAAGUUACUUCCUCUGCAUUACAAAUGUUAUUGCUAACCCAUUUUGCAGAACUUUCAGAGGAACUAUACACCCUGUUUACACAUUUUAAUUCACAUGUCUUCAGUUGGCUCCUGAGUUUGAUACUCGCAAAAGACCCCCCUCAUAGCAAGUUGGGUUAUAUCCAUCUAUGAUUUAAUUUGGAAGUAUUUCUAAUUGGUUUAAUGUAGUAUUCCACAAGGGGAAUGCUUGCUUAACUGAAAUUUGAAAAUAUCAAGUGUUCAGAGUUUCACAGGCCAAUAACAAAUGGAAACCAUAUACUUCAGAUUUGUCUUCACUCAUCUCUUUAUGCUUAGUUGCAAAGACAUAAAAGUAUGGAGUGGUAUUGUGGGGCUUAUCUUAGAGAACUCUUUUCUUUUCUUUUUCUUUUCUUUCUUUUUUUAACUUAAAAUAAAACAAAUUUGACAUGAAAAUUUCAACUACAUUUCAUUUACCCAUUAAAAUAAUUGAAAAAUAACUUUUAGAUCAUCAUUAAAUUUUUAAAUUUUAAUGUGUUUUUAUCUAUUUUUAUAUCCAACCAAAAUUAAAAUACAAGUAAUGGUACAUUUACAUUUCAGAUUAAAGAAAACAGUGAAUAAGGAUGUACUGAAAAAAAUGAUCAUAGAAUUCAUUCUUGUUAUCGUUUGGAGCAUAAAUUGAGGCUACUGUGAUUUUAUAUUGUUGCUGAGUUUGGAACAUCAGUAUAAUAUAUCUGCCAGAUGUAUCCUGUAAUUGUUCUUCCAAUGUACACAACAAAUUCUUGACUUACAUCACCACUCCAUUUUAAUUUUUAUUUUUGUAUCCCUGGAAGCCACAUAACUUUGGCCCAGAGAUUAACAGUCCAAUAAAUGGACAUUACUCAACUUAAUAUGAGUUUCUUGAAGGCAGAUGAUAUCUGCUUUUUGCUCUUUUCAAUUUCAAAAAACUUUUUAGUGGGGUGGGAGAAGGACUAUGAAAAUGAUUGUAAGAACUUAGAAUCAUGGACAAAAUAAAAAUAUUCAAUGUAAAUGUUAAUGGAUUGAACAAUUCAAAAGGAGAAGAUUCUUUUUGAAAUUGAAAAAGUGACCGUUUCUUAAUGAAAUGAGAGUCAUAUAUCCCCUUGUCUAGCUCUUAUAUAAUAAAUAAGUUUCAUAAUCAUAGCUAUAUCCCAUCUUCUAACAAAUCAAUCUGAUAUUGGAGGAUUCAUAUUCUUUUUCCAAUAUGCUGCUAUAGACAUCUUUGCCGCAGUUAAUAAGGUUGAGAAAACCCUAUUGAUCACUCUUGACUUCCUAAUAUCCCCAAUACAUUUUGGGCAGUAUACAAAUAUGUUAAAUAAAUAAAUAAAAAUAAAAUCAAUCAUGGAAGUAGUAAAUGUGAAGUUGAGGGCCAUUCAUUCCAUCGCCAGAGAGGGCUGAUUAUGGCAGGCAUUUGGGAAGACUUGGCACAGACUGGGGCCAUCUAGACUCCUGUCUUUGUUUCGCAUUCUUUGGCUUCGCUAUUAUCUCUGCCAUUUUGUGCCUGUUGCCACGAAGACAGUCUGAAACCAUCAUCGCCUGCUUGGAGGCCUGCCUAAAGCUUUCCACCCAUCUGGUCCAGCCAGCUGUCUGGUCCAGUUUAACCAUUUUUCUUCACAAGAAGAGCUUCAGAAGGGGGCAAGGGAUACCCAUAGAACUUAUAAUGCUAAGAACUUAUCAUUCAACCUAAAGAAUGGGUUGGUCAUUGGUCCAUCUAGCUCAGGACUGUCUGCACAGACUCCUUCUCCAAGGUUGCAGGCAGGAGUCUCUCCCAGCCCUACCUGGAGAUGUUGUCAGGGAGGGAACUUGGGACCUUCUGUGUGCAAGCAUGCAGAUGCUCUUCUCAGAGCAUCUUCUAGCCUCCCAUUCAUAGGCAACCAGGGUGGACCCUGCUUAGCUAAGAGGACAAGUCAUGCUUGCUACCAAAAACUGCUAAAUAUCUAAAAAGCUUGGCUGAAGAGAUGUGUCUUUAGUUGCUUCCUAAAAGCCAUUAGGGAUGGAGCAGGUCUAAUCUCAGCAGGAAGUUCGUCCCACAGUUCUGGGGCAACGACAGAGAAGACUGCCGGGUGCAAAGAAAAACUACAGAAGCAGCUGAAAGGGGUUCCCAAACAAGAGCCAACUAGGUCCUAAUACCUAAUAAUUGCAGGGGCGGGGGGGAGAAAAAAACCCAGGCUCAUGAAACCAGGGCUUGCAAAACUGUGAGUCAAGAGCCUCCCAAGUCUGAGACCUACCCCAUGCUGCAUGAUUUUUAGGCAAUGUGAACUCUGCAAUGAAUUCCCAAGUCAUGGUAGAUGUGCAAAAGUGUGGUGAGGGUGGACCACAAGUGGACAUGCUCCCUGAUGCAUGCACAACCAGGUUCCUCAAAACAUUUUAUUCAGAAGAGAGAGCUAAAAAAUAACUUGAACCAUUCAAACCAUGUUGCCACGUCAAUUUGAGCAGAAAAAUCACCCUAAUGGAGUCAUGGUUAUAUCUGGGCAUCUUGUGUGGUUUCUGAAUCCAACUGAACAAGGAGAUGAUGAAGUGAAUGUAGGAUUUCCCCUUCCCAGAUUUCCUUCAGCAGCGGGGUCCUACCCAGAAUGAACAGCAACUCAUGAUGAAGUGAGUGGGAAAUGCUAUGAUAGAAAUAGCGAAUCAAAGGGAUUUUGUUCCCAGGAAAAGAAUAUUUUUCUCAAAAGCACUUAAAACAUUCUAGAUCAAUCAUUGUAAAUCACACUGAAAAUGUGUUAGUGUGCCAGAAAGAAAGAAAGAAAGAAAGAAAGAAAGAAAGAAAGAAAGAAAGAUUAAGCUCUUAAGCUAUUUUUUUAAUUCUAUAAAUAUAUGUAUAUUUUAGUCUUUAGCGGAACUGUGCCAGUGUUCUGAGAACCAAAAUGUUCCUUCCCUGUGUCUUGAGACUGAUCCCAAAUAACACAGAGAGCACAUGAUUUUAUGGGAGUUGUGAAGGGGUGGGGGACAACAGGGAGACAUACGAUAUGGCAAUCAACAGGCUAACCGUGCCAGUUACCUGAAUGGAUGGUGGUUCUCAAAUUUCAAGACUUUUCUGGGUAUCUGUAAAUGUUGGGACCUGCACUACUUUAGGGGGCCAACAGAUGUUGUUGGGUUUUUUUGGAGGGUGAUAGGAUAUCACUGGGGAUUAUUUUUCCAAGAGUCCUUGAGCUUUCUUUCCAGACCCAGUUAGCAUGCAAGGCCUUUCCACACGAUCACUGAAAGCAAGCCACAGGUGCAUUUUUGUUCAUAUUCUUACCAGCACUCUUCAGCAAAAAGCUACAGUACCUUCUCUGCACCUAAAAGGAUAACCUUGUUGAGGGGAAGAAAGUUUUGCUGCAAGCUACUUCUGCUGCUUCUCAUUUUGUAACAUUUGACUAGUUGUGCACUCCUGCACUGGGGAUUUAGACCACAGGAGUGCACAACCUCAAAAGAAUUUUUUUGUAUCCAGUUAAAAGCAAAAGGUUCAGAAAAUGGUGAAGGCAGAGUAGAAGGGUUUGCAGUCCUUGUCGUUGAUUACAUAACAAGUGAUUCCUAGUGGAUACCUGCAACACUGGUGCACCUACAUUCCACUCAGAACUUGUAAUGGCCAUGAAGAACCUCUCUGGAGAAAAGGUCAGCUUUCUUCCAAAUGCAAAAGAUGACACCAAGUAUUUGGGGAAAUGUGACCUCUCUGUAACAAAAGCACAACAAUGAGGAAGGGUGUGUGGAUUGUGUAAAUACAUAUGCCAGGGGUUCUCAAACUUGGACCUUAAAAUGUUGUUGGACUACAGCUCCCAUCAUCCCCCUCCACAAUGGCCUUUGGGAGCUGUUGUUCAACAACAUCUGGGGAUCUAAGUUUGAGAACCCCUGGCACAUGGAGAAUUAGGUGGUUGUGUGAAAAGGCCCUUCACAUCUGUCCUUCCCACUCCCGUCCCCCCAGAAAGAUCCAUGUUUUGAGAACCACCCCAUUCCAGAGACUGGAGGCCUGCCUGUGAGACUGAGAGGGAAACCUUUGCACUGCCAAAAGAGACGGGUUUUCUUUUCAUUCUGGGGUGAAAUGGCAAAGGACAAAGUGAGAAAGAUGAAGUUGUGGUGCAGAAAGAUGGGCGCUUUCACCAGCUGAGGGAAAGACCUGAGAACAUGCCGUCUUUACAGUAUUCCUGGUGACUCUCAAGACCCCAUCAGGAGACCUUCAUUUUUUAACACUUUGGGGGCAGAACCAUCAUCUGUAAAUGCACUUUGAUGUUGUUGCUUUUAAACCUUGCCGAAUGUAAACAAUGCGUAUUUAAAAAAGAAAUGACAACGAUGUGUUAUUACAAGAGCUAUUUUAUGGUUCUGUGUUGAAUAAAAGUUCUUAACAUGAA